AUGUGUUCGGAUAUAACUUAUUUUGAAUUUUCUAAUUUUUGCAAAACAGCGACUCUCUCUCUCAGCAAAGAAGAAUCGAAGAAUAAAGUCGCGUUUCCAAACGAAGAGGAACAGAUGCGAACACGCUCGCAACGAAGAUCUCUGGAAGCAUCUUCUCAAUCCGAACAACCGCAGUCGGAACAGAUCGCCGCCGCUGCUCCAGUUUCUCAAGAUGAAGCAGAAGUUGUUCCGCCAGUAGAACAACCUCGUCAAAUGGCAACCAAAUCAGUUUCCGCAAGGAACAGAACGAAAGUAAACAAAAAGCAAAUCCUGGACCUGGACGCAAUUGACAGUCCCUCCACCUCCUCGUGCAACUCCUCGGCAAACUCCUCAGGCAUAAUUUGCAUUUCCGACUCGGAAGAAUCAGGAGAACUGCCCGUUUGCGUCGACCUUACAAAUACCAAUAACAAGAAUCAACGAGCGAAAAAGCGCCCGAGCCUCAGCCAAACCGUCAUUUCGAUCGACGACAGCGAUGAAGAAGAAGACCGUGCUCCUGCUGCUAACGGCGGUCGACAGAACGAGCCGCAAAAAAAACCGAGUCCGAAAGCACCCGUGAAAGCAGCUAGAAAGCGACCAAAGAUAGUUCUGAAAGAACUGAUUCCGCUGACGAACCAGCCCGAUUCAAGGAACGCUCCUCCGCCGCCACCAGCAGACAUUGGCUUCUCCUGCAACAUUUGCAUGGAAACGAUGGCCGAAAUCAGAAGCAGCGGCAAAAAGAUAGUGACGACUCCCUGCGGACAUCCGUUUUGCAGGCCGUGUCUGGAGAUGGCUGCAUGCUCCGUGUACGGAAGAAUGCCGGGCCCGAACCAAGUCGUCAACCAUUGCCCCAAGUGCCGAAAGAAAUACUCCCUUCGGCAGUUGAUCGAACUCUUUGUGUAA